AUGGAUUAAUAAUAAGGAGAAAAUAAAUUAUCAAAAAAGUAGUAAAAGAAAUUAGCCAAAAAGGAAAAAUAGAAAGAGUACUUCAAGGAGAAGAAAAUUCUCAAAAAACAAAUUAAGAAAUAAUAAAAGCAAGAACAAAAAGCCAAUCAAGUUGAUGAUAAUAAGGUCCAUAAUCAAGAAAAAUUACAUAAAAAACCAAGAGAGCAGUAUCAAGAAGAAAUGAAGAAUGGAAUCAAAGUUGUUAUCGAUCUACAAUUCAUGAAUUAGAUGACGAUUCAAGAAAAAACAUCUUUAUAUAAAUAAAUUGAGCUUUGUCAUUCAAACAAUUUCAAAUCAGCAAAACCUUUAAAUCUCAUAGUGACAUCUUUGUCAGAGGAUUUCCAAUAAUUAUUAAAUAAAAGCAAUGCUUCAAACUGGGGUAUUUAAUUAAACGAAAAACCAUAUAUUGAUUUAUUUAACAAGGAAGAUUUAGUCUAUCUCACAGGUGAUACAGAUAAUGUUAUGGAUGAACUUAAUUAGGAAGAAGUAUAUAUCAUUGGUGGACUAGUUGAUCAUAAUAGAUUGAAGUUAAUAACUUACAAUAAAGCUAUAGAAUAAGGUAUAAAGACAAAGAAGCUUCCAAUAAAUUUAAAUUUAAAAACAUCCUCAAUAUUAACAGUAAAUCAAGUGUUUGAAAUAUUACUAAGACGCAAUAAUGGCGAAGAUUGGAAUGAUUCUGUAUAAAAUACAAUUCCGAAAAGAAAGCUUGCAUGA